AUGAACGAUAUUAAAAAUUCUUUUGCAUUUAUUUCAAUAUUUGCAUUCCUUUUUACUCUCGCUUCUGCAUCUCAUGAUACUAGUGGUAGCCAUUCAUAGCAUCCUGAUGUUAUAAACUAUUAAGAUUUUACUUUGUAAUUUGUAGAUGACUUUAAUCAAACUGAAAUAAAUACUAAGUAUUGGAAAGUUGGUGAUAAUUUACUUAGAACUCCUACACAAUUUUAAAUUUAUACUAAAGAAAAUGUGAAAAUAAAAGAAGGUUAAUUGGUUUUAAGUGCACAAUAUAAACCCACGAAGUUUGAGGAAAAAAUAUAUGAUUAUUCAGGAGGUUAUUUGGAAACUAAAGGAAGUUAAGGUUUUAAAUUUAAAUAUGGCUACGCUGAAGCAAGAAUUAAAUUACCUUAAUUACAAUUCAAGGAUUCAUCUUUUCCAGCAUUCUGGGCUCUUCCUGCUGACAACUCAAGAUGGCCUUAUUCAGUAGAAAUAGAUAUAAUGGAAUAUUGCAAUGUUUGUAGUGGUAAUGAUACAAAUGAUUAUAUCUUUAGCACAAAUAUUUAUGGUAAUAGGACAUAAUAUGGAGAUUGUAGAAUUUGGUAUAGAUCUCCAAUGAAACAAUUUAAAUUCACUGAUUAUCACCUUUAUGGAAUGCUUUGGACUUAAAAUGAAAUGACCUUUUAUAUUGAUAACGUAGCUUAUUUUAGCUAUAUUAUUAAUGAUCCUUCAAACAACAAAAGUGUAGGUUGUCCUAUAGUUAUUCCUGAUAGAGAAUUCUACUUGAUUUUAGAUUUUGCAGUCAUAAAGAAUAAUGCAAAACCUGAACAUUACAAUUAACCUAAAGAAAUGUAUGUUGAUUAUGUUAAAGUUUAUUCUCUUAAUAAAAAAUGA